AAUUAGCAUUUGCCAGUUUUGCCAAUCAGUGUGUACUCACUGGGAAAAAUUGAUUUUCUCUGUCAAUCUACUCGUCCAUGGAUUCCGAUUCUUUUAGGUCGUCGGAACGACGACGAGUUGGACUGAUAUACGAUGAAAGAAUGAAAAAGCAUUUUGAUCCAAUUGAAAAGGAUCAUCCGGAGAGUCCAGAUCGUAUUUAUGAAAUCUGGAACAAACUUCAACAUUCAGAAAUCGCUCAGAGAUGUACUGUUAUGGGGGGAAAGGAAGCCAAGGAUGAACAUAUAUCUUUGGUUCAUAACAGAAAACAUAUAGAUUUCAUCAAAAGCAUUAGCUCAAAGCAAGAGAAGUUCUGGAAAGAGAUGACUAUGAAGUACAAUUCGGUAUACUUCAAUCAAGGCUCUUCAGAAGCAGCUUACAUUUCUGCAGGUUGUGUGAUUGAGGUUGCUGAGAAAGUUGCUGAAGGAGAACUAGACUCUGCCUUUGCCAUUGUCAGGCCUCCCGGACAUCAUGCAGAACCAAAUCAACCAAUGGGAUUUUGUUUGUUCAACAAUGUUGCUAUAGCUACACAAUAUCUCUUGGAUAAAAGAGCUGAUUUGGGGAUUAAGAAGAUUUUAAUUAUUGAUUGGGAUGUCCAUCAUGGAAAUGGCACCCAAAAGAUGUUUUGGAAGGACCCUCGAGUUCUCUUCUUUUCUGUGCAUAGGCACGAUUUUGGAACUUUUUAUCCUUGUGAUGAAGCUGGGUCACAUAAAAUGAUUGGUGAAGGACCGGGAAAAGGAUACAAUAUAAAUGUUCCUUGGGAGCAUGGCGGUUGUGGUGAUGCAGACUAUCUUGCUGUGUGGGAUCAUGUCUUGAUUCCUGUUGCCAAAGAAUUUUGUCCUGACAUUGUCCUGAUCUCAGCAGGAUUUGAUGCAGCUAUUGGUGAUCCUCUUGGUGGAUGUUGUGUUAGUCCACAUGGAUAUGCUGUAAUGUUGAACAAGUUGUUGGAGUUUGCCGGAGGCAAGAUUGUAAUGGCACUCGAAGGUGGAUAUAAUAAGGUCUCUAUUGCAAAUUCUGUGCAAGCUUGUAUUGAAGUGUUAUUACAGCAAAAACCAAUUAUUGGAUCUUCAGAGGCUUAUCCAUUUGAAUCCACAUGGCGAGUGAUACGGGCUGUACGAGAAAAGUUGAGUUCAUUUUGGCAAUCAUUUUCGGAGAGAUUACCGGUGAAAGUAACUAGCAUGAGCUCUCCUUACAUUCAGGUCGUUAGCUCUGAUUCUGAAGAUGAGUACAACACCUUUUCUAACAGGGUAUCACAAGAUUUGGAGAAGGAUAUUGAGAAUGUAAUACAACCAUUUUCAGACCUGAAAGUUAAUGAUGGCACAGGCAUAACAAGUCAAGCUAGCACUAAUUCUCACACUUGGAGGGAAGAGCUUUCAAAGAUUGAUAUAUGGUAUGCCACAUUUGGAUCAAAUAUGAAGUUAUCAAGGUUCCUUUGCUAUAUUGCAGGAGGACAGGUGGAAGGCAUGCGAAAGCCAUGUAUUGGUUCGUUGGAUAAAAGCAAGCCAAAGGAGAUCAAAUGGGAAUCUUUUCCCCAUCGUCUAUUCUUUGCUCGUGAGCAUACAGCUACAUGGGGUCCGGGUGGGGUUGCUUUUCUUCACCCUGAAAGCAACAGUGAUGAAAAAGCUUACUUGUGCCUAUAUAGGAUAACGCUUGAGCAAUUUAAUGAUGUUUUACUUCAAGAGAAUACUUCGAGCUUUGACAUGAAUUGCCCUUUGUUUGACAUGACUGACUUACAGUCUAUUGAAGAAAGAAAAUGUGUUCCAGCUGAGGCUGUCAAGAAUGGCUGGUACCAUAAUGUGCUAUACCUGGGAAAGGAGAAUGGUAUUCCUAUUUUGACAAUGACAUGCCGACUGUCAGAUGUUGAUAACUUCAAAUCAGGUAAAGUAGGUAUGCGCAAACCAUCUAAAGAAUAUGCCAAUACUCUGAUUAGAGGUUUGGUAGAAGGGAAGCAGCUAUCAGAAGAGAAAGCCACCACUUACAUACAAGAAGCAGCUAGCAGAGCAUUGUGACUUGUUUGUAUGUACAGUUGCGAAUUCAGAGUGCUGUAUUGAGUAGCUGCUAGACAAUUAUGUGAUUACUAUGCCUAGCAACAUAUGCACCAGAAAUGUUAUUGUACCAUAUUUUUUGCGGAAGCAACUUCUUCCCAUUUGGUCAGGGUGUAUAUAACUUGUUCGAUCAACGUAGAUUUUUGUGUGUAAAUUGUUUCUGGUUCCUUCUUUCAUUGCAAUAUUUUGGCUUAGCAGUGAAAUGUAUUUUGCCCACAAACUACUCUGAUCAUGUCCAUUGAAUUUGGCAGUUAGUAGCUGAUCCCAGUAUUUGUGAAUGAA